CAGUUCCUUAAGUCCAACAUAUUCAAAUUUUCUGUUAUGGGUCUACUUCCACGACUUCAAGAAGCCACGCUAUUUCAAUUCUUGGAUGCCAUCUCUAAGCUUCUAAAUGAAGAGCAGUCCACCAGUGACCUGGAUAAACUUGAGCAAGAACUGAAUGUGGCAAUGGCCUUAAUGGAAAGAGACUUUCCCUGUGUCAUACAGGUACAUGUAUAUUCUUUUUGAACAAGUAUUAAUUGAUGUGGAAAAUCGUUUUUCAAUACACUUGAUGUGAUAUCCUUAUUAGUUAUACUAAGGUGUUGACUUGAGCUUUAUCAGGGUGGCCUAACAAGCUAAUUCACACACCCUUAGCUUUGUGAACCACUGGACGUAAAUAUCUAAUAAAAUCAAGCCAGACUACAAUACUGCUGGGGCUACCUGCUCUGAUUGUUUGCAAAGUAUCAGAGACCAGACUUAUACAUACAGCUUAAUACAGCAUCAGUGUCUAAUAAUGCUCUCAUAUGAAUAAUUGUGUUUAGGUUUUUAGCACAACCUGCAUGAUCCUAUUAGCCAUUGUAAUAUCCUGGUCCAGCUAAGAUUUGAACUCGCAAAGUUUCACUCUGCAGCAUCCUACAUCAUCUGUUAUUCUAUUAACUUAUUAUUAAAAGAGGCACCCACUGGUCAGAAUUUAUACAAGACAUAAUUAUAUUGCAUAGUCAAAACAAUACAUCUGAUGGCACAGAAAAACAUAUUAAUUAAAAAUAUGUUACUGAUUCAUAUAAUCCAAAGGACAUAUCCUUCCACCUGCUCCACCACAUUGUUGAUGGGAUAAAGGUCCAUGGGCCAGUUCAAGGAGCAUGGAUGUUCCCUUUCGAAAGGUACAGAUGUGUUGCGCACAUAACAUAAUCUUGUGUUUCAUUUCAUUUGUGUUAUUUUAUAAUUUAUGCAGUGUUGUGUUUUUUUUUUCAAAUGCAGUUUUUUUCCUUUCAUCUUGACCAAAAAGGUUCAAUUCAUGGAUUGCAAGACGGGUAACCAGCAGAAGGUAUCCAGAAGCAACAGUGAUGGAGACAUACCGGGUAAGUUCUUAUAAUUGCCAAGCUCUCUGCUCUGGCAGGUGACAUGUAGCUGGUGAGGCUCUUUCACUCUUGAUGGCGUAAUAAAGUACAUAGUACGAAAAUCCAAAUUGACCAUUUUAUAGAGUCGAAACAUGUAAUAAACAGAAUAAUACAUGGGUGCUUGCAGAUACAUUGUAUGGAAUUAAUCUUUUCAUGUUCAAAUCAAUAUUGAUUGAAACGUACUCAAAGAUAAAUUAAAAUUAUCCGUGCAUCCAUAUUCUUUUGACCUGAAAGAUUAAAUUUGUAAAAUUAGCCCCUCAUGUUUCCUUGACAUUUAAAAGCCGUGAGUCCACGGAACAAGACCAACCCAUACACUGUUUGGCUUCUAUGAGUAAUGUACUACAUGUAGGUCUAGGCUAGCAAAUUAAAAGGUAAUUGGAAAUACAAAUUGUGCCGUUACAUUUUACUGUUGAUGUUCAAGCAAAAAAACAAUCUUAGAUACAUGUACUUAAUUUGUGUUUGACUGCGCCUCAUUUGGAUAUCUUGUUUAGAUCUUUGAGUGGUGUUACUACAUGAAAGUGUCAGGGAGGUUGCCAGAGGAACUUGCCUAUAGACCUGAAUGUUGUAGUAGAGGUAUGUUCAUUAUAUGGCUCUAGUUCUCUGAUUAUGAUGUCUUAAGAACUGCUAAAAGACACUGGUCUAAGAAAAACUUGCUGUCCUUUGGAGAUUUUUAAUAGAGCUGCAGGGGAUGUGGAUGAUGAUGACAAUCAUGGUGCAUUGUUUUUAUGAGUAUGAUUAAGCUCAGAUAAUGUACAGUGUACUUACUGCUAUAUUAGUUUUGUAUCUCUGUGAUUUCAGUUAUUGAAUAUAACACUUCAAGCGAUAAAAGCAGAAUGCAAUAAAAUUGAUCGAGCUAUUCUUAAAUGCUUUAAUAAAAUGUCCAUCAUUCCAAUGUAAUUUAAUCCAUCAUUGUGUUCUAUUUUCAAAACUAAGAGUUCAUUGUUUAUUUCUAUAAUCUCAGUCAAUCAGUUAAUAACUCAAUAAUUAUGACAAUUUAUUAAUCUCCUCAACAGGCCAAUUAUGCUGGAUAUGUUUGUAACCACUGUUACGUUAUUUAAUGUUUAAUUCUGCUAACAACUAACUUUCCAACUAAUUUUGCUGCUCAUGCCUCCUUAAUAAUAACCAUAUUUUACUGAUAUAAUGCAGAUGAAACCUAUAAUCCUGCUAUAAUGCAUCUCAUAACUCUUUGCACACCUGGGUAUUAAGAAAAGGGGUUCCAUGCGAGGUUACACCAGGUGACACCUACAUGUAGCUGAUGUAAGGCAGUUCGAGUCUGCCAAGCUCCAGACAAGAAGAACUGGACUGUGCAACCGUUAUAUUAACCCCUACACACGUUUGGCUUUAAUGAACAUGUUGGGUUAACUAAACAGCAAUUUAACAAUAAAUAAUAGUGCCGUUAUAGUAAAAAUAACCUCAACAUAUGAAUAUAAUAAAUUGUUCCUGACUAUGGGCUGGGUAAAAGGUAAGACAUACCACCUGGAAAGGUAUGUAUACAGUAGAAAAUAUAUAUAAUAUUAUACUAUCUAAAGGUUGUCCGAAGAAAAUGCUCGCUUAAAAUUUAAACCUGUCUUAAGUCCCACUCUAGCACAUAAGACUGCUGGGGUGAAAUGGCUGUGUGUUUGCUUGGAGCCAUACUGCAGGCUGGUCUAUAACCAAACACUUUCCCACCUGGCUCUCAGGAAAUAAAUAUAAAACUUUUGAACAAUGCAUAAAAAACACCAAAUCAUUGUACGAAAAUAGCUUAUUAUAGUAACCUCUUCAUCUUGGUCUCAUGCAUGUAUUGUUACUUUAAUGGUCCUCGCUCUGGGCAAUUACUGUGUUAAUUGUCACUUUCACUAGUUUUAUUAAUGUAAUGUAUUAGACAUUGUUGAUCAACAGACUGUGCAUUCCUCACUUUUAGUGUACCUUCAGACCUAUUCUCUUAUCUGUGUAACUGAGGGCUUGGCAAUUCAUUAGACCCCAAGAAUGAAUGCAUAAUUCUAACCAGUAAUCUUUUUAUGUUUAUUUUGACACCGGCACGUAUUCCCAGUCAUAGCUCUUCCCAGAGGGAACCCAUGUAUUUGGUGAUACAAACAUCUAGAGAAACUGCUAAAUACAUUAUUUAACAAUGAAAAAUUGAUUUGCUUCUAACGAAUAUUGCAUUCCUUGAUUGAGGUGGUAUUUGCAGAAGAUAGGUUGGCAAUUGAUAAAAAAAAUCAUAAGAAUGUGGUUUUUUUAUUUGCAGAAGAAACUGAUAAUGAAGCCUGGCAGUUUCCUGAUGAGAGGCAACCAGCUCUUGCCACUUUGUCCACUGGUUUGUCAGUUAUCAAGAAAGACCAAGGACGGAACAUCCUUUUAACACCAUGGGAAUCAGCACAACUGCGUAAAGUUUACAAAGUGGUCUGCGCAGAGUAUGCCCGCUUGGAAACCUUAUUUGAGGCUGAGAAACGUCGUGCAAGGAAUACCAGAAGGUUGGCCACUUUCCCUUCCAUUUCAUGCUGGCAGCCAGAGUCACACCAUCUUUCUGCCAAUGAAACCAGCAUGCUAAAAGGAGGGGAUAGCUGUGCCAACAAGUUCCAUUACAUCCAGCUAAGUGACGCAACCAGGGGGGCCAUCUGGGUACUUCGGGGUGCAGAAAUGGAGGCAGAAAAAAGAGAGGGGUAUGCCAAGUCAUCAUAUAUUGUCAGUCAUCAAGGUGCCUCACCAUCAUUUGGGAGGGUGCAGUAUUUUUUGCAGCAUUCUUUUAGCCAUAAUGAACAUUAUAUUGCAGUAGUUGACUGGUUUGGCAAUCCUCAGCUGGAUACAAACAGCAGACUCUGGUUUGUUCCAUCACGCGAAGCUGCUGAGAGAAGUGUCAUCCAAAUUGCCAAUCUUUCCCAGCCGCUUGCCACUGCGGUUGAUGAUGACAAACUGUGGUUUUUAAAUUACUCUAUGUCAUAA